CGCGCGGCCCCUUUAAGAAAAGAGAACGAGAGAGUGAGUGAGAGAAUCCCAACUCUCCCCCUACCCUCCCUCCUUCUACCCCCUCCUCCCUCCCCUCUCCCCUCCCCCCUCUCCCCGGGCGGCUCCGGCUCCCGCAGCGGGACAGACCCACCCGCCCAGGCUUUUAUCCGGCACCGGCAGCGUCUUCCUUUCCUCCCCCGUCUAUGGUGGCGGCAGCGGCGGCUCCUCGGGCGGCGGUGGAAGACGAGGCUGCGGCGUUGCCAUGAACAGUGGCGGCGGCCUCCCGCCCCCCACGGCCGCCGCCUCCCCUUCCUCCUCCUCGCUGGCGGCGGCGGUGGCGGUGGUGGCCCCGCCGGGGGUCGGGGGUGUCCCCGGCGGGGCGGCGGUAGGAGUGAAGCUGAAGUACUGCCGCUACUACGCUAAGGAUAAGACUUGCUUCUACGGGGAGGAGUGUCAGUUCCUGCAUGAGGACCCUGCCGCCGGGGCUGCCCCGGGCCUCGGCCUCCAUAGCAACAGCGUCCCCCUGGCUCUGGCUGGUGCACCCGUGGCCGGCUUUCCGCCCGGAGCCGUCGCGGGCGGGGGAGCUGGGCCGCCCCCCGGGCCCAAGAAGCCGGACCUGGGGGACCCGGGGACAGGAGCCGCAGCCGGCGGAGGAGGCAGCAGCGGGGGACUCGAUGGACCGCGGCUGGCAAUUCCAGGAAUGGAUGGAGGUGCUUUAACUGAUACAAGUCUCACAGAUUCCUAUUUUAGCACCAGCUUUAUUGGAGUCAAUGGAUUUGGAAGCCCUGUAGACACAAAAUAUCCCCUGAUGCAGAGAAUAACUAAUAGUAGCAGCUCCCCAAGCCUUCUAAAUGACAGUGCCAAACCAUAUUCAGGCCAUGAUCCUCUAACAUCACCUGCUUCAUCUUUGUUUAAUGACUUUGGUGCCCUCAACAUCUCUCAGAGACGAAAGACAAGGAAGUAUCGCCUGGGGAUGCUGGAGGAGAGGCUAGUUCCGAUGGGAUCAAAGGCACGAAAAGCAAAGAACCCUAUUGGCUGCCUUGCUGACAGGUGUAAAUCAGGAGUACCCAUCAAUAUGGUUUGGUGGAACAGAGUCACAGAAAACAAUUUACAGACACCAAAUCCUACUGCAAGCGAGUUUAUUCCUAAAGGAGGAUCAACCUCCAGGCUGAGUAACGUGUCCCAGUCAAAUAUGUCUGCCUUCUCUCAAGUUUUCUCUCACCCAUCCAUGGGAAGCCCUGCUACUGCUGGAUUAGCACCAGGAAUGUCAUUGUCUGCUGGGUCUUCCCCUCUUCAUUCCCCCAAGAUUACUCCACAUACUUCUCCUGCUCCCAGAAGAAGAAGUCACACUCCAAAUCCAGCAAGUUACAUGGUGCCUUCUAGUGCCUCUACAUCUGUUAAUAAUCCUGUUUCUCAGACUCCAUCUUCUGGUCAGGUGAUCCAAAAGGAAACUGUUGGUGGGACGACUUACUUCUAUACAGACACAACUCCAGCACCUUUGACUGGAAUGGUGUUUCCAAACUAUCAUAUUUAUCCUCCAACUGCACCUCACGUUGCUUAUAUGCAACCGAAAGCAAAUGCACCUUCCUUCUUCAUGGCUGAUGAACUCCGACAGGAGCUGAUCAACAGACAUUUAAUAACAAUGGCUCAAAUUGAUCAAGCGGAUAUGCCAGCAGUUCCUACAGAGGUUGACAGCUACCAUAGCCUAUUCCCUCUAGAACCACUGCCACCUCCCAACCGGAUACAGAAAUCAAGUAAUUUUGGGUAUAUUACGUCUUGCUACAAAGCUGUAAAUAGCAAAGAUGAUCUGCCAUAUUGCCUUCGGAGGAUACAUGGUUUUCGUCUUGUUAACACAAAGUGCAUGGUGUUGGUCGACAUGUGGAAGAAAAUUCAACACUCAAAUAUCGUAACUUUGCGCGAAGUAUUUACCACUAAAGCAUUUGCUGAGCCCUCUCUUGUGUUUGCAUAUGAUUUCCAUGCUGGAGGAGAAACUAUGAUGAGCAGACACUUUAAUGACCCUAAUGCUGAUGCCUAUUUCACCAAGAGAAAGUGGGGUCAGCACGAUGGACCGUUGCCCAGGCAGCAUGCUGGAUUAUUGCCAGAAUCUCUUAUUUGGGCGUAUAUUGUCCAACUAAGUUCUGCAUUGCGUACCAUUCAUACAGCAGGUUUGGCAUGUCGAGUUAUGGAUCCAACAAAGAUUCUGAUAACUGGCAAAACAAGGUUGCGAGUAAAUUGUGUUGGAGUUUUUGAUGUUUUAACAUUUGAUAACAGUCAAAAUAAUAAUCCAUUGGCAUUAAUGGCCCAGUACCAGCAAGCAGAUCUGAUAUCAUUAGGAAAAGUUGUGUUGGCUUUGGCUUGCAACUCUUUGGCAGGAAUUCAGCGAGAGAAUUUACAGAAAGCCAUGGAACUUGUGACAAUCAACUAUUCCUCUGACCUGAAGAAUCUGAUUUUGUAUUUGUUGACUGACCAAAACAGGAUGCGAAGUGUAAAUGACAUCAUGCCCAUGAUUGGUGCUCGAUUUUAUACUCAAUUGGAUGCUGCUCAAAUGAGAAAUGAUGUCAUAGAGGAAGACCUUGCAAAGGAGGUUCAAAAUGGAAGACUGUUUAGGCUCCUAGCAAAAUUGGGAACAAUCAAUGAGAGGCCGGAGUUUCAGAAGGAUCCCACUUGGUCAGAAACUGGAGACCGUUAUCUGUUGAAACUCUUUAGGGAUCAUCUUUUUCAUCAGGUGACAGAAGCAGGUGCUCCCUGGAUUGACCUCAGUCAUAUCAUUUCUUGUCUUAACAAGCUAGAUGCUGGUGUGCCAGAAAAAAUAAGCCUGAUUUCCAGAGAUGAGAAGAGUGUACUUGUGGUGACCUACAGUGACUUAAAGCGCUGCUUUGAAAAUACUUUUCAAGAACUGAUUGCAGCUGCAAAUGGUCAGUUGUAGUAUUUGCUAAAAAAGCACGCCAGACAUGGCUAAGGACCUUAACCAAUAGCAAAUUGCACUACAGCUGAACUUUUCAUCAUCUCAUUCACAUUUGGGAAACGAACAGGAGAUGAGCAAAGCUGCUUGCACUUCAGUCAGGUACACUGUUACUUGAAAGGAAGAAUGUUUCACUUACCCAAGAGCUAUGGCUGCCAUUGGAGGCUAUAUCUGUGAAGAAUUUAUUUUAGAUUUAGGAGCACCAUCAGGUGAAUGAUGUUCCUACUUUUGUUUUUUCCACUUGUAUAUGCACUAAUUUUAAUUUUUUAAAGACUUUUUCUGAUCUUUGAACUUUUGCCACAUUGUAUACUUAUUAAGGGAAACUGUUUGCAAGGACAUUUUUGGGAAGCAAUGCUGGGCAGCGUUUUUGCCAUUGAGGGUUGCAGAAUUUGCUCUUUUUGGGAUGGGUUGCCCUGAAUAACAUUAUGGACCAGGUAAAUAAUUUCAUAGAAGUUCAGUAUAGUACGUAAUUCUUGUAAGAGUAUUGUAUGCAAGCUCUCUGUAUGCCACCCACUGUUAGUUCAAAUUGAGAUUUUUGUUUUGUUUUGUUCUUAAGAACAUACCAAGAAAAUACCGGUGAAUUGUUGGAUAUGAAUUCCCUGUUAGUUGAUUUAAAUCCUGUCUGAAUAAAGAUCAGAUAAACAGUAACUGAAGGAGCAUGUAUAGCUCUUUCCUUCAAAUUCAACUAGAGCCCUUUUAAAAAGACAUUUGCCUGCUAGUCAGAUACAUUUACAUUUAUGCACAUUUUUUAAAUAGGAGAAAAUUAAGAAAUUGUGUUAAAGGCCUAAAGUUCAGGAGUAUAUUACUUUAGGUUCUUUCCAGUUUGCUUUUUUUUUUUUUUUUGGUUAUGAAGUUCUGCUCUUUGAACCACAGCUUUAUUAUGGUCCUUUACACUGGAGACAGACACAGAGACACUGUUCAGAAGAUGAACUAAACUCAGCAGUGGUCUGGUAUCAAGAGCUUUCUGAUGUUUUACAGCCUGAAAUUGGAGGGAUAACGAUCUGCUGUGCCUUUGCAGUCACUGCUUAGCCCAAAGUAAUAGUACUUUUGAUAAUAACUCACUCUGUGCGAUAUUCCUGAAUAAGUCCAUCUCAAAAGUUUGGAAUUUUCCUCCUCUUAACUUUCUUAAUAUUUGGACAUGCAGUUGUCGCCAAACUUGGGUAUUCAUGGAAUUUCUAGUAAAUGAAAUACCUAUACUUUGAUACUGAAGACUGCCAAAUACAUAGGAAUUUUCUUUCUUAAAAAACAGUAAUGAAGACUAUAUCUCCUUUCCCAGCACUGAAUGUUUUACUAGCACUGGGUGCUCACCAUGCAACUAUGAAGAAAAUGUGGAAACUCAAAAGGUCAGGACAGACUUCCAAGCACUUGCAACUGAUGUUACUGUCUUCAAUUUUAAUAAUUACACAUAUUUGUAUAUUUCAGAGAAGUUUUUAAUAUUUCUCUGUCCACUUUUUAUAAGCUUUAAAAUGAUUUUCUCUGCCUUGAGAUUUGCAUCAAGAAAAAGCACCUCUCUUCACCUGAAAGCUUUGAGGACUAGAGACACGCUUUACACGUUUUAACAAGUAUAUUGAGUCCACGUUUGGUAGCAUCAGUUGUUGAGUUGAAAAUUAUUGCAUUUGAUCUGGAUGGAUUUUAAAAGAACAUAAUGUUCAAUAUUAAAAGGAUAAUUAACAUUUGCCACCAUAAUGUUCUUUUUUAUGUAAAAAGAAGAACUUGGAGACAUUAACAUGCAAAAGUCUUUUAUCAUUAGCUCAUGUAUUUGAGGAAGAGCAGCUGUCUUUUUAUAUGUUUUUUGACAAAUCAUAUUGUAAUUCUUUUGUACAAAAAAGAACUACUUGUAUUCUAGAAGAAAUAUGAAAUGCUUAAUUUAUAAGCGGGCUGGAGAUUUUUUCCAAUAUUGUUUUCUUUGAAAAUGAAAGGGGAUCAUCUAUUUUAGUUUUGGGGUAUGGGAACUUUUUGAAAAUUUAAUUUGUGGACCAAUGUUUUGUGAAAGCUAAAGAGGACAGGGGUUAAAAUAGGGCUUGAAUUUCUCAUUCUGUAUAGACCAGCAAACUUCCCUCUGCAAGGCAAGUUUACAUCACAAAUCCAAGAAUGUUUGCAUCCUAAAUGCUAGUUUGCUUCAGCCCCUAGUUAACCUCAGGACUUGGUUUGCAUAUAAAAGGUAGACAGCUGAUAUGUUUUCAUGAAUAAAUAUUGUCAGCCAGAAAAGGUUGGUGUCAGGUAAUGCAUAUUUUUUUAAGCUUUGUUUUAUAUUUAUUUUUCAUUUAGUUUUUAUUGGGAAUGGUUUUCAAAGAACUCUCAGUUCUGCCUAGGUGUUUUUGGGGGAGCCCUGUUUUCCAUAGUGUAAUUCCAUUUAAGAGGUUGUCUAAAAGUCUUUUUAAUUAAUAGAAAGAUUUUAAUAUCCAAGAGUAGUCAAAUUAAGGAUAUAAACUUUCCACACCUUCCUGUCGUGACAGAUAAAAGCACAGAAAGGACAACCCUUGAAAUCAUGUAACGGUCAUUUCAAUUUUUUGUACCUGUUUUAAAUCCUGUUAGUGUAUUUACUUCAUUGUAAAUAUUUUUGAGGGUACCUUUGUAUUUUGCUUUUGACCUUGGUUCUGUGAUUUGGAUGUCAGCAACUUCCCUAAAAAGCACCAGUAUGUUAAGUUCUAAUGUCAUGACCCAAUUUGUGUUAUUCAUCUUUAAUCCUGUUUUCAGUCUCUAUGUGUACAGCAGUAUUUUUAAUAAAGAAUUACAGAGAUAA